UUAGGUUCUUUUAUCAUCCCCUCCAAACAUUCGAAUUUUUCACCUCAUAAAAUCAAAGAAAGUCAUAAGUAAUUCUUUAAUCUUCUUUCUUCAAGUUCUCGCUAUCGCCAAUGGAUAGUUGUUUCUUCACCCCGGAGAUCGGAACGUCGUCGUCUUCAGAUCCUCGCUACGCGUACAAGCUUCUGUUGCGCGCACUCUCGCUAAUCCCUGUUUGGCAUUACGCUUUAGGUUUUGUCUUCUUCUUGGUUGUUUGGCUUUAUCAUUUCUUGGAAUUUCAUUUCCUUGAAGAUGUCUUCGGCCGAUUCCGCGGCAGCCUUGUUAAGCUGACAUACAAUCCCGACUCCCAUGUCUACCACGGCGUCGUCUCGAAGUGCCGAAUUCUUCACGGCAGGUAUUUGGCGACGCCAUGGUUGUCAAGUCCUAAUAUUCAGACUUGUUUUUUGAAUUUCUUUGGGAGGCCUCCCGUUUUCAAUUACAGGAGACAGCUCUUUCGUGCUUCUGAUGGUGGAACCAUUGCUUUGGACUGGCUAUUGUCUUCUGAUGUUUCAGGUAGUACCUUGCACAAGAGUGAUGGAGUUUGUAAAGAUGAUGCAACGCCUAUUGCGGUUGUGAUUCCGGGCUUAACAAGUGAUUCUUCUUCUGCUUAUUUAAAACAUCUUGCCUUCAAUACAGCAAAAUAUGGUUGGAAAGUUGUUGUUAGCAACCAUCGUGGGUUGGGUGGUGUUUCAAUUACAUCUGAUUGCUUCUAUAAUGCUGGAUGGACGGAGGAUAUACGGGUAGUAAUUAAUUAUCUCCAUCAUGAAUACCCCAAGGCCCCUUUAUUUGCUAUUGGAACUAGCAUAGGUGCCAACAUUUUGGUAAAAUACCUAGGGGAGGAUGGAGGAAAGACUCCUAUUGCUGGGGCAGUAGCUGUUUGCUCUCCAUGGGACCUUUUGAUUGGGGACAGAUUUAUAUCCCGUAGGCUGCUGCAAAAAUUCUAUGAUAGAGCUCUUACAAUUGGACUUCAAGGUUACGCACAAUUACACGAGCCUCGAUAUUCACGGCUUGCUAAUUGGGAAGGCAUAAAAAAGUCACGUUCUAUUCGAGAUUUUGACAACUUCGCCACUUGCCUUGUUGGAAAAUUUGAGACUGUAGAUACAUAUUAUAGGCAUUGUAGCAGUGCUCCCUAUGUAGGAAAUGUGUCAGUGCCACUACUGUGUAUCAGUGCUUUGGAUGAUCCAGUAUGCACCAGGGAAGCCAUCCCUUGGGAUGAAUGCAGGGCAAACAAACACAUUGUGCUGGCUACCACACAGCAUGGAGGACAUUUGGCAUUCUUUGAAGGAUUAACUGCUUCUGGGCUGUGGUGGGUCAGGGCUACUAAUGAAUUUCUUGGUGUUCUAUGCUCCAGUUCGUAUAUGCAUAAGCAGAGCUCUGGUCUGCAGUCAUCAUUGGGAUCUUCAAUUGAUCAAGGUCCCUAUGUAAAUAUCACAGAAGAUGGAAUGGUGGCUGCUGUGAGCAGUGAGCCAAGUGCAAACGAUUUUGGGGAAGAAACAUCUGAACUGGAGAAGACCUAUCAGAAGAGAAAUAAAGAAAUUCUUCCGGAAAUGGAUCUAGAUGCUGAUAAUCAGAAGGAAGUGAACUCUAUUGGUCUGUCCAGCAUUCUUGAAGGCUCGCAACCACCUACAAACAACCAGGACGUCAAGUCCUUUAACUUAAUUGCUUCUAUAAGAAGAUGCUUAAACCAUCUUUCUCAACAGAAUAGAAGAUCGAUGUGGUUGCUUGCUUACAUUGCUGUUAUAACAAGUUGGCCGCUGUUAUGCUCAGUGCUUCGCAUUUCCUUCAGAAAGAAGCAAAGAAAAGCUCUGUCUGCUGGAGCAGCAUUGCGUAAAAUGUAAGUCUCCAUUGGUAAAACACAUUUAGUUGUUCUACAUUUACGUGUAUGUUCUUAUUUAAUUUCCAAAAUGUGCUUGUUGCUUGUGUUAAGAUAGCUGCAACUAAGAUUCCCAUAUAACUUGGAGGAUUUAUUAAAAGCUGGAGAUGCUUGUAAAACUAGAUAUGCUAUUAAUAAAAUGGGUACAUCUACCUGAUCGCUAUUUGUGACA